UCAGGUUCCGAGGCGGCGUCAGCAAGCGGAAGGCCUGUCUGCCUGGCCGUGGACUGGUCGCGUCCUGAGGCUGCCCCGCUUCCCGCUGUCCCUCUUCCCCGAAGCCGCCGCUCUCCCCGCAGAGUUUCGCUGUCUACUCGUGGAGCCGCCAGCGCUUGCCAUGCCGCGUGGAAGCCGAAGCCGCACCUCCCGCAUGGCGCCUCCAGCCAGCCGGGCACCUCAGAUGAGAACUGCACCCAGGCCAGCACCAGUGGCCCAGCCGCCAGCAGCGGUCCCACCAUCUGCAGUUGGCUCACCUGCUGCUGCACCGCGGCAGCCAGGUCUGAUGGCCCAGAUGGCAACCACUGCAGCUGGCGUGGCUGUGGGCUCUGCUGUUGGGCACACACUGGGCCAUGCCAUCACUGGGGGCUUCAGUGGAGGAAAUAAUGCUGAGCCCUCAAGGCCUGACAUCACUUACCAGGAGCCUCAGGGAGCCCAUCCAGCGCAGCAGCAGCAGUCAGAACCGUGCUUCUAUGAGAUAAAGCAGUUUUUGGAGUGCGCCCAGAACCAGGGUGACAUUAAGCUCUGUGAGGGUUUCAGUGAGGUGCUGAAACAGUGCAGACUUGCAAAUGGAUUAGCCUAAUCAAGAAGUUCAAAUUGAA